AAUCGGCACUCGGAGUUGGAUGGUUGGGGGCAGCGAUCGGCGAUUUGCGAAAUUCAAGUAGAAAAUAUUCUAUUUGUGGAUUUUUGUUUAUUGCACUGCAAGAAGUCAUAAAUUUUGUACAGUUUAGUAACCGAGAGAUGAGACUGCACAAGUUCAACUCUUCAAAUCCUUCGCAUUUCGCAGUUUGUUUGAAGGUCAUUUUGUAUAGUUUUGCCAGCGGUACUGAUGAAAACCUUCGGAAAACUCUUGGAAAUUUGAUGUUGUCUUCGAUGGCGUGAUGUGAAGAAUUGGAGUGAAGAAGUCACGAGAAGGUGGUUGGAGUUUCGGUUUUUGUGAGACGUGGAAUUAUGAAGGGAUGAUGAGAGUGGUAGAGGUUGACAUGGCAAUUGAAGAGCUGGAUUGAGGGCGAGAGCUCUUGACGCAUUGAUAAAGCGAAGUGAUGCGUGAUUAGAGAUAGAAUUCGAAAUCGAGGAAGGAAUUAGAGCUUGGAGUUAUGAGGUUGAGCAAUUCUUAGGAAGGUUGCGCAUUCAGAUAUGGCGCGGGGACGGAAGCCUCUAGUCUUGCAGGAAACGGCUGAGGCUGUCCUCGCCGGGCUAGAGGAGAAAGAACGACCCGGGUCUGUGCAGAGACGUGUUCCUCAAGCGAGAGCGGAGCGGCUUUCUUCGAGAGUUCCUGAACGUUUUAAGCCGGGAUUGCUUUUUUUCCCAAGCGAUUGCAUGCGGGGGAUGCCCGAGAAUAAUUCAAUGAAGAAGGAUGCGAAUUCUCCUUGGGACGAAGCCAGUAUGUUGGGGUUGUCUGUUUCAGCUUUACGAAACCUCACUCUUUCAUCAGGCUCCUGGGUGCUAGUCAGAAACUUGAUAACCAAUGUUGCAAGGCCAGCACGAGUCAUCGUCCUUGACCCCCCUGAGAUGCAGUCCGCUUCGAAAAGUGAUUUGGACAAUGGUUCAGUGAAUUUGCACAAAGCCAGUGAGAAAUCAACAUUUUUCCCUUCCUUCACGGUAUCUGAGAAGAUCGAAACCGUGAAUCAUCAAGUUGCAUACUUGUCCUAUCCUCUUGCAUUCAACAUAGGCUUACAUGUAGCAUGGCUGGACAUGUUAAUUAGAAAGGGAUCUUCAGAUGACAAAGACGUUGAAUCAACCCAUCCCUAUAGUGGUGAUUAUCUCCUUGGUAAUUCAUCAACCUUAGAGCUGUAUCCAUUUCAUGUUUACAUUGGAGGGAAAGUACCCAAGAGCCUUGCACACCAGGCUGUACACAAAGUUUCGAACGGUGUAUUUCACUAUGCCGCCCAUAUGCGGAUUGCACACAUACGGACUCCUGCGUCUGCAGCGAAUUUCAGUAAAGAAAAAGACUAUCUAGCAGCCCUUAAGAAGGACAGACAGGAGAGGAUUGAUACGGCGUUGACAAAUUAUUUCGAAGUUGACAGGUUGGUGGCUAUAGGCGAUAUCUUAUCAAUAAGAAUUCCGUCUCCUGAUCCGUCCUUUCACGCUUCAUUUGGGGAUGUCUACUCCAUGCAAGAGGAGCUGAUACAUUUCAAGGUUUUGGGCUUGGAGCCUCCGUCGGGACGUUCUUCACUGGUAAACAGACACAAAACAGCUCUUGUACUCGGUGGUGCUGAACCUUCGGAGUUACCACCCCCUGUUCUGGGCUUCUCCAAAUGGAUGAGUUCGAGGCAGCCUGUCUGCUUAAGUUCACCUGAAAUUUCUGCACCUCCUGAAGUACAGAAAUUGAAGUCGUUGUUUGCUCCUUGUAUACAUCCUCAAGCUUCUCGGUUAAGUCUUCGCACUGCAGUAAUACUUCAUGGGCCAACAGGAAUAGGGAAGCGAACUAUAGUAAAGAUGGCUGCUGAAGAGUUGGGGCUGCAUGUCGUGGACGUUAAUUGUUUUGAUCUUCUUGGUGCCACUGAGAACAAAACUGCUACUGCCAUAGCUGAUGCGUUUGAAACUGCUCGCAGGUAUGCUCCGGCUGUGCUUUUGUUGAGGCGCUUUGGGGCUUUAUCCAAAUCCUUAUCUGGCGGAGGACAAGAUCAACCCAAAUCUAUAUCGCUGAUAGGCGCUGCACUUCGUGAAGGAAUACAUGCUCACUUGGAACAUAAUCAGGAGGAGAAUUUUGGCUCAGCUUGCGAUGAUCAAAAUAGCUUAUCCACCUCGGACCUCUCCAUGGAUACACUAUCAGAAAAUGAAGAUGAAGGUUUGGGUGCAACAAAGAUGCAGUUUGAAGUUGAUAGCAAAGGACCUACUCCCGGCUUGGUGUUGCUUGUUGGGGCAUUGGAAAGUAAAGAGGAUUUGAAGCCUGCUCUUCGACGGAGUUUCACCCAUACGAUUGAAGUUGAAGGUCCGGAUGAAUCUCGACGUUUGACGUUGCUCCAUCACUUCCUUGGACUGACACAGGAAACUGCAUCUCUGUCAACUGCUCUUCCGCAAAUUUCUGAACAGAAGGAUGAAAAGCUGAUGUCUCUCAUUAAGUCUGUAGCGUCUCAAACAUCAGGAUCGACACCAAGGGAUCUCCGCGCUCUAGCUGUUGAUGCUAGAGCUAAUGCUGUGUGUCGGCUUUUGAAAUCAAGUAAAGAGAACAAGAACCAUUCUAAUCUGACAAUAGAAAAUGGCGACCAUGGUGAGGAUGAUUCUUCGUCUCAAUUGGAUGGAACCAUAGCUGAUGAGAUCAAUGACCAUCGGGAAGUGAACCAUCAUAGUGAUGUGAUUGUUGCUCCUAUUGAAUCUGAGGACAUGCAAGAAGCAUUCGAUCGACUAAAGAAACGAACUGCAUCUGCCAUUGGUACCCCAAAGAUUCCAAAUGUGAAAUGGGAAGAUGUUGGGGGGCUUGAGGAUGUGAAAAAGGCUAUUCUCGACACAGUGCAGUUACCAUUGAUGCACCGUGAGCUCUUUGCUUCUGGACUUCGAAAACGAUCAGGCGUGUUGUUGUACGGUCCGCCUGGAACUGGCAAGACAUUGCUCGCCAAGGCUGUUGCCACUGAGUGCGCGUUGAACUUUCUGAGUGUCAAAGGUCCUGAGCUCAUCAACAUGUACAUUGGAGAGUCAGAGAAGAAUGUGCGAGAUAUAUUUCAAAAGGCAAGGGCAGCUAGACCAUGUGUGGUGUUUUUUGAUGAGCUUGACGCUUUAGCCCCGGCAAGGGGUGCAGCAGGAGACUCUGGUGGGGUUAUGGACAGAGUUGUUUCUCAGAUGCUUGCGGAAAUUGAUGGCAUCAGUGACAACGGCCAGGAUUUAUUUAUGAUUGGUGCCAGUAACCGUCCUGACCUUAUUGAUCCGGCUUUACUGAGACCGGGUCGCUUUGAUAAACUUCUCUACGUUGGAGUUAGCACCGAAUCCACACAUCGAUUACGGGUUCUCGAAGCAUUGACUCGAAAAUUCAAGUUAGACAAGUAUGUUUCGCUUCCCACAAUCGCACGACGGUGUCCUGUUAAUUUUACCGGUGCUGAUCUCUAUGCACUCUGCGCGGAUGCUUGGAUGAACGGAGCGAAACGCAAGGUUGAAGAUGAUCAGGAAGCUAUAGAUAAUGGUUAUGAAGUAAAUGAGGAUGAUACUGUAGUGGUGAAGCAGGAUGAUUUCCUGAAGGCAUUGCAAGAGAUAACUCCAUCACUUUCACUUUUGGAGUUGGAAAGAUACGAACGCAUACGACAGCAAUAUGAAGGAGGAAGUAAAUCCCGAUAGUGGACUACUUUCCAUUAAUACUGAAAAUGGUUCUUGCAUUAUUAAAUACGUUAGUAUAAGAUCUUGAUAAUUGAGACUAGUAUUUUUCGUCGUUACAUCUAUUGUCUUGAAGAGGGAACAUUUCAAUGAUUAGAAUAAAUUCUGAAUAGGACUUUCAGCAGUGUACGAGAAUGAAAUGUGAACACAUAUGCAAUGAUCGAACAUGAAUAUGAAACAAAUUUUGAUA